AUGGAGGCCGAAUGUGCCCGGAAAGGAAGGGAGAUAACUCCCAGGAACCUCAGAUCUCUCCUGGGUGAAACAGUCUACGGGAUUCCCUUCACCAGUAUGGACAAGGAGUUUUACGUCGACAACGUUGUACCGAGAGGGAUUUUAACAGAUGCGGAAAAUGUGAAAAUUAUGUCAUGUUUGCUGUGCCCAGAGAAAGACCCGUCUCCAUUCCUCCGGCGAUCUGCAAAACCAACUCACAACGUGGUGUUUUAUAAAGAACACCGGAAGAUGCCUCAGACGAGGAAGCAGUCAUUCUGGGGAAGAACUGACGUCUCCUGUUCCCAUGACAUCAUUCUCUACGGGAUCUCCUUAUAUGGACACGACCAGAACAAAGCCAUAGUCUACCACAUCAGAAUCUGUGACCGGACAGCGAACUUUAUGGAUGUGAAACGCGAGACAGUUUUUCCACCCAAAAUCAAACCAUCGGGGAAAAAUAACAUUCUCCAGUACUGGCUCCUGGAACCCAGAUUUUUCAAGCGAAACACUGAGUAUUUCAUAUACAUCGAAAUGGAGGGAGGUGCUCCAACUCAUGAAGGCGAUCCAAAAGACGUUGUUGAGAAUGUAACGGUAGAUCAAUGUACCAUCCACAAGCUGAGUGAUAUUGUCUACUCCAGUGGCCACUUAAACAUAACCCAUGGCUUGGUAAUUGGGGUGUGA